GGACUUCUUAAAGACCAGUUUCCCUAAACUCAUUCAACCAGAACAUAUUGCUGCAUUUCUAACUUCACCCGAUCAUGACGCUGAUACGUGGACUCCCCGACACUCCAGUUGCCAGCCCUUCUCCUACUGAUUCUAGACCUUCUCUUUCCCAGACUCCUGAUCAAGUUGCUUCGCCCGAAGCUCCUUGGAAGCUUGAUAUACGCUGCAAGAUCUUGAAAACCGUUAUUACCCCCAAGAUAGGACAUCUCUCGAAUAUCGUUCGCCAUUACUUGGAUAUCAGCGAGGUCUGUAUUGUUCCUCGCGCCUUUGCUUUGGGCCUCCUGGAUACCAUUGGCCCUUGUGAAAAUGACCCCCUGCAUCUAGGAAUUGGAUUAUGCGAGAUUGCUGGAAAUAUCUCAACUAAUACAAGACCGGAGGUGUUACAUGAGGACAGGAAAAGUCCCACCAGCAACUACUUCGAUCUCUUUCUUGAUAAAAAUCUUCGUUGGGAAAGUAUAGGGAUAUUCUGCGCCCUGGUAGCAUCUUCCGCAAUACUACUACCCCCUGACUCCAAACUUCUAGCUGGCUUUAAGAGUCGCGAUGGUCUAAUCUCUGAUAUGGUUGAGGCCUCGUCCUCAUGUAUGGAGAUCUGUCGCAAAACCGGACUCAUCAGUGAUAUUGGGGCACUCUCUAUCUAUCAGAAUCUCAUGGUCAUCUCACAACUUUACGGGGAUGACGACUACCGAACCAGGAGGCAGGUGAAUGAUCUCGCGCUUGCCACCUCCGAGUCCGGAUUAUACGCAAAAUGCACGGACGCAAACUAUUCCCCGAGCGUCGUAGAGAUGCGCCAUUGUAUAUUCGCGGCUUCAUACAGUAUCGACAAAAUGAUAUGUGUAUCCUCUAAGCGGCCACCGAUGAUUUCAAAGCUCCAACUCGAAUGGGAAGAUAUCAGCGAUGACACUGAGAUGGCGUUUGUGGACCUUUCCUGGCCACUCAAAGAACCGAGAUACUGCGCCGUGCUUUGGGUUCAGCUACGCUACAUCGUCAGCAGCUUCAACGAUGAAGUUUACCGAAUGAAAGUAUCACCGACAGAUAUCGAAUCGAUAAUAAAAAGAUACUCUGAUAUCUGGGACACCAUUCCGGACUACUUGAGGUGCCCCAGUGAUGACUUCGAUCUCGAUGAUAUCUUAUGCAAUGGAUAUCAGAUUCGUCUGCUGCGAACGUCGAUAUACCUUGAAUAUCUUUGUGCUAAACUCUGGGCAUAUUAUGAGCUUAACAAAUACGAUGCAACAUUUCCACUAGCUCGGGAAAUGAUGACCGCAGUAUUGCGCAUAGAUCUGCCUGAAGGACGUUUGACAUCACAGGUUCCUAGAGGAUAUUUUUCAAUUGUCGCUCUAUACGGCUUCGCAGCUGCUUGCAUCUUAUUAAGAGAGCAGGUAGACAUCCUAUCAUGCAGCAGCGAUAGUAAAUAUCCAUGGGGGGAGACAAUCAGGAGCUUAACCAAUUUUUUCACACGUCUGGACUUUGUCAUUCUACGGGGCGGGCAUUCGGAUGGAUUAAAGCAAGCUAGAGAUAAUCUCGCCAGAAACUUCGAUGCCGUUCUGGACAGGCUCGGGGCACGGGCGAAUAAAGACAAGACCGUUGAUCAGACACCUUGGCCUCCAUCGUUUGAUGACAUAUCUAAUUACAUUAUUUUAUGGGUGGGUGCAAAAGACGAUAUCUUGAGACUAUGAGAAACUUGGGUCGGCUAUAAGGGGAUAUCUUAGAGGGAGUGAAAAGUUAAGGAACAGAGAGUGGCAUACCGAUCAUGUAAGAAUAAUGGAACUUAUCUGCUAGGCACCUCUAAGGUAGGCACUUAGUAGGUAGACAGUAAGUAAUACC